AUGAUGAAGCGUUGCGGUGCCGCCGUUGGUUCGCUGUUGGUCAUGUCUGUGGCCUCUGGCGCUACUGCGGCCGACGUGCCAGUGCAAUCGCUCCCCUGGGAGCCGAGCACGUGCGGUGGGAAUCUUCUGGCAAAGAGCUCCGAGUUUGGUUGCGGGCUCCACCGGUGCCAGUGCUGGCCAUGUGUGUCCGUUUGCGAUCCGUCGUUGGGGUGCGAGGACUCGCCCGCAGGUUCUUCGAGAUGCCAGGGCCAAUGUCGACUUACGGCUCUGGGCCAUUUUCUCAACAUCCUGCGGUGGCUCUUUGUGCUUGGAUGCCCGGCCAUUGUGUUUGGCUACCACAUCCUCAAAGUCCAGACGGGAUCGGCAACGACUCGGUCAAGCGAAGACGACCAUAAGGGAGUGAUCGAUGGCAACACAGUCGACGGACUUGAAUCGAUGCUCCAUCAGGACCAGAUUCUGGAUGUGGUGAUGAACCAGGUCGAGCAGCAGCGCCGCAUGAUGAGUCGCUUGUUGUGGCACGUGAUGCACCCGUUAGCAUCCAAGGAGCAAGUCACCGAGAGGCGGCACCGAUCGCGCCACGGACGACGCCACCCAACGUUCCCUGCCGCGACACAAUACAUGAACAUACUGACGCCGUCGACGGACAACUUGGCCGCCGUCGCAUUUCCACCAGAAGCAAUUCAAGUCGAGCCAAGCAAUCCGUUGGACGAGUACAUUGACUUGGGCAAACUCCACACGGGGCAUGCCCACGGCGCGUACGUCAUCAACCUGCACGCUCAAAUCUACCUCGAGACAAUGCACGAAAACGUCGUUCCGACUCUCGUCACCAUCGUUUUCGUCUUGGCAGUCGCCACAUUCGUCGCUGCGUACAACCCGAUUUCCAUGGCAUCGGCGUCCGUCGAGAUUUCGCGAUCCUCGUGCAUGAUGGCGAAUGACAACUGCUCUUUCUUAAAUUGGACGGUAUCACCGGACGCCGUGGAUGUCCCAGCGCCGUUUGAUCUAAUACCCCGUCACCGCCAUCGAGUCCUGUUUCAGCAUUUGCACUUGCCGCAAGUGCCUGACGUGCUGCUGUUGGAGCUGCACCUGACAGACACUCGUACGGACGACAGUUCCAACGAUUUCGGGUUUUAUCAGCUCAAUAUGUCGGCGCCUACUGCGCCGGACCCCUCGCAGCUCGUGCUGCGCUACCUGAAUAGACUCAGCACGACCUGUUCAGCGACGACAUGUGGCGCAAUCCCACUCGCAGCAGUGUACUUGCAGCGCUUCGGCGCGUCCGAGUCGGAUGUUCGUGCCCGUCGGUUUGACAUUGACCUAGUCCUGUUGUCCAAUGCGUCUGCGCCGACGUCGAAUCCACCGCUCUCGUUUCGACUUGUCCUGACAGCGUACCAAGACAACAGGGCGUGGAUCGCCGUGACCGUUCGUUGUUGCCUAGGGACGUUCACCGCGUUGUUCUUGGUCCACUUUCUACGGGCACUGAACGCCCACCUGAACCAUCGCUUUCCUGACGCGGUCCAGACCAAGUCGCUGUAUUUUCGAGUGUGGGGGCAUAUGAGCCUUGAACGCCACCUCAUGGCGAUCCUUCUCCUCGUCCUCGUCGUGCAGCACAAUCCAAUCAUGCUCAUCUGGACGUUGCCGUGGUUUGGCCCCUCCAGCCACAGCUACAUCGUGUUUCGCAACGCGUGGGAGACCGUGGUGUACGUCGUGAUCCUUGGGUCCCUUCUCAUCAUGCUAGACUGCUACCGGAAGGACUGCCACGAGUUCUCCAACGGCGCGUCGCUCAAGGUGGCUGGGUACUGGUUCCUCGGGGUCAAGGUGGCACUAUUUGCUGGUGCAGUCGUCCUUCGAUUGAGUUUGGCGCUGUCACUUGAAGGCUUGUUUGAUGCGACUGUGAACGUCGCGCAGUGGGUGUCCGUUGUUGACCUGCUUCUACUCGUCGCGGGAUUUUCCGUUUUCUUCGGCGUCGUCGCAAUCGUCCACCGUGUGCUCGAAGCCCAGCGAUACUCGCACACGAGGUACUUGUCGCUGAGCUUUCGGUACUUGACAGUGAUUGCGUUUGCGAUCCUGGCAAUUCUCCUCCUCAACACAGCCUUCUCGAGCACGUAUGCCCCCGUGUCCACGACCAAGUCGACGGAUUUGACCGCAGCUGCGCUCGUUGUCGAGAUUGCGACCGCCGUUUUUGUCUUCUUUGCCGUCCUCGCGUUCUACCCACCGAAUAAACUCGAACCAGGCUUAAUACCCCGAGUUGUCCCCACGGCCCCACCAGACGACUCAAUUCGACAUUCGCAGCCGACUCUACCCCCUCAGGCAACUACGCAGCCCGUGGAAGCGUUGUCCAGAGCAACGGCAACGCUCUUGCGCCUGCCGGCCUUCCGCGCCAAAGCGUGCACGAAACCCCAUCGGCUCUUUUGUCUCGAAACGGCAUGCCUGCUCAUGAACUGCUCACGGCAUGCGUACUACCGGUCGUCACUGAACCUGCCGAACGACACGUCCGAAGACGGUGUCGUUGCAUACCCUGCGACGUCGUACGUGAACCAGACGGCACUUUUGCGGGACGGCCUCGAAGAAACGAUGGCGAUCCACGACGACGGCACGGACACAAACUGCCUGAUUCUCCAUUCCGAGUUCAGAAUUAUCUUUGCCUUUCGUGGGACGGACAGCAAGGCAAACAUCAAGACGGAUUUCGAAAUCAAGCUGGAGCCUUUCCCGUGGCUCCCACCAGAAUCGGACGGCUCCCAAACGCCGUUUGUCCAUCGGGGAUUCCUCACAGCGUACGCGACCGUGCGAGACAAAUGCCACGCGGCGUUGCGAGACCUCCUCCGCCGAUACGAUGGGCAAGGUCAUGCGUCCGACUCCGUCCAAAUCUACUGCACCGGACAUUCGUUGGGUGGCGCGCUCGCAACUCUGGCUGCGCUUGACUUGAAGUUAUCCUUCAAACGCGACGUCGUCAUGUACAACUACGGGUCUCCCCGGGUCGGGACGCACAGUUUCUCUCGCGUUUUCAACUCCCAGAUGCCACUCGCGUUUCGAGUCGUGAACGAAGGCGACAUCAUCUGUGGCCUGCCGCAACGCGUGUCAAUGAGCUGCUUGGGACAAAGCAAGAAGUUGUACAAGCAUGUUGGGACAGAAGUCGUGAUGGACGGAAAAAUGAACGGCGACUUUCUUAUUCGCCCGACCUUUGCCGAGAAGAACUUGAUUGUCGAAGUGCGCAAGAAACCGGGACGGCACUACUUGAAAGGAUACACCGAGAACUUGGACAUGAUCCUGAAACGUUGUCUGCAAAGCGAGCGCCACCACCUGGGCGACUUUUACAUGCAAAACGCCCUCGAAGACGCUUUGUACGACGACAGCAUGGACGAACGUUCGCCCGUUCGAUUGCCAUGA